AAAAAAAGUACAGAUUUUAGUUUAUUAUAUUUAUUAUUUGUUGAAUGUUUAAGAUGAUCAAACCCACGAUAUGGGAUGCAAAAGUUUGAAGUGCUUUAAAGGUGAGAAAAAGUCUGGACCGAACACCAACAACACUGUUGUGUAACUGAAGUUUCCCCUUUCUGAAUGUCGUUUGCUCGUAGUAAUUGCUGUUUUCCAGGUGAGUCCAAAUGUAAUGAAAUGCAAGGAACUAUUUUCGAGUGAAGAGGCGUUGCAUUGUUGCGCUGCUCCUGCAAUACAUGCCCUCUAUAACUGCUAUAGUAUUUCAAUGCAUUUAUCUAAAACUUUAAAGUGCGAGUAGGAGUUUGACACUUUGAACGUGCUACGUUGAGCUUUAAGGUUUUCGACAAUCAGAUAAGUCAAUUCAAAUCGCGAGCAUUCGCCUUUCAUUGAAGAUAUUCUUGGGGGAGCGUAAUAAUGACCUGCUCGAAUAGCCUGCAAGAUUUUGAUAUAAUAUUUAAAUUGUCUACUGGAAAAUCAAAUCACGUGGUUCUUCAAACCAUGCACAGGUACAAUGCUCGUUUUUCAGCUGUGAAAGUGAUAAUUAAUUACUGUAAAAUAUAAUCGACUUACCUCAAUUCUAUAUCGUGAUCAUUUAAUGAUUUUAACAACUGUUAAGAAAGUUCUCAACUUGUUGCAGUUUAUGUUUUGAUGUAGUAACACUCCCCUCCGCAAGAUGGCAGACAUGACUGACUAUACCAGUGAAACAACCUAUUGCACAGUUUCCUCUUGUUACCGACAGUCUGUGCAGGACUCGUGUUUUGAAACUGAUCGUGGGGCAGAUGUCAGCGGGGAUCAUCAGCUGUUUUCCCUCUUUGCAAGACCUAAAGCUGACCGCAGAUCAGUCAAUCACUUGAGCUUCAUGAAGAGGAUUACUGGCGACCCAACCCGAGAAUAAAACAUGACGGAAACAUCAGUGGGUGAGCAGCAGCCAUGGUGCUCUGUCACCUACUUCUCCCCUUCCUCCACCUUCUCCUUCUAUCCACUAUCCCACCAUGCACCUCUCCAUCACAAACAUACGUCCACGGCCGCGACCCUCCCCCUGUUGUGGCUGCGGCAGCUCCGAUCCUGCAGGAGCACCCCUUCGUUGUGGUGUGGAACAUGCCCACAGCCCAGUGUGGGAACCGCUACAACAUCCACCUGGACCUGAACGACUUCGACAUCGUGGAGAACAGACGGCAGCGCUUCCAGGGACAGAAUAUGACCAUCUUCUACCGGGACCGCCUGGGGAAAUAUCCAUACCUCUCCAGAGACGGCAGGAAGGUCAACGGAGGAACACCUCAGCUUGGUGACCUCUCGGCUCACCUUUCCCUGGCAGUGACGCAAAUCUCCAGAUCACUGCAUCCCAAAUUCAACGGUUUAGCUGUCAUUGACUGGGAAGAGUGGUGGCCAUUGUGGGAGAGAAACUUUGGAAUCAAGAUGAAGUAUCGUCGGCUGUCCAAGCUGCUGGUGAAGCAGGAGAGACCUGACUUGUCUGAAAGAGCCAAGACGUCGUUGGCGAAGCUGAAGUUUGAGGAGAGCGCUCGGAGGUUUAUGGAGGAGACGCUGCAGGUGGCGGUCAGAGAUCGUCCUAAAGGACUCUGGGGGUUUUAUGGUUUUCCUCCCUGCUUCAAUAAGCAAAGCAGACAGACAGAUCAGAGCUACACAGGACGCUGUCACAGGGGGACCAAACAACAAAACGACCGUCUGUCCUGGCUCUGGCGUCAGUCCACCGCUCUCUAUCCCAGUGUUUACCUUCCAAAGAGGCUGGCGGGAUCUAGUGACGCAGCUCUGAUGGUCAGAUACAGACUAUUGGAGGCUUUGAGGGUGGCGUCAGUUUGGCAUCAUGACGAAAACACCAAUCAUGCCACACCAGUCCUUCCCUACGCCAGGCUCGCAUUCACACACACUCUCACCUUUCUGAAUAAGACAGACCUGGUGCACACACUGGGGGAAAGUGCAGCACUGGGAGCUGUUGGAGUUGUCCUGUGGGGAGAGCUGAAAUUUGCCAAGUCCAAGCAUCAGUGCAUCCUGCUCCGAGACUACGUCCAAACUGUCUUGGGUCCCUUCAUCCAGGAGCUGAGGUCUGACACCCAGCGCUGCAGCCUCCAGCUUUGCCACGGCAACGGACGCUGUGCCAGGCGACGACCCAGCUCAGGUCACAUGGUCUCUAUGACGUCAGACCCCAAUCAAAUCAAACACUUUAGGUGUCGGUGUUAUCCCGGCUGGACUGGACAGGAAUGUCAAGAGAAGAAGGACACGACUGGACAGAAGACCAAGUAACCUCAACACUUCUACAAAGGCGCACUCAGUGUGUUCUUAUGAUGGUAAACGAGGCGUCCAUACAUCACACUGCCUGACCUGUCAGCUCUUUGUUGCAUUUCAUCAACAAAUGAAAAUAGAAAAAUAAAAAUGUGAUCCGCAGUG